UCCAUCCAACGGUCGAUUUUUUGAUAAGAUCUAUCAGAAUACUAUUGGUGCAAUUAUUAUUUGAGAUUCCAUCUCACUUAUAUAUAUUGGAAUGCCAACAUCUACAACUUACCAUAAGUUAGCCAUAUCCUUCAAUAUUUAAUCACUUUGUAAACGAUGACUUCAAGAUCUGCAGGAUAUUCUACCAAUGAAGAUGUGCUAUUAUGCGGAGUUUAUCUAGAUGUUUCACAAGAUCCCAUUGUAGGUAAACAACAAUCUAGUCAACGUUUUUGGAGUCGGGUGGCAGAAGCAUAUGAACUUGCAAAGAAUGAGUGUUGGGAGUCCCGCAACCCACGAUCUUUGCAAUGUCGAUUGCAAGUUAUUGAGAAGGCUAUAAGAAAAUUGAAUGGUUGUUAUCGACAAGUUGAAAACUUACAUCCUAGUGGUGCUUCAGAGCAAGAUCUGCUCAAUCAAGCGAAAACUUUACUAAUGCAAGAUCCAAGCUACAAAAGAGGAUUCAAAUUUGACCAUGUUUGGAACAUGAUGAAAGAUGCUGAGAAAUUUAAAGAUUGUAUUCCCAACGACGCUCUUGGGGCCAGCGCGAGCGUGGUUCAACAGCCUGGAGACCGGAAGCAUUGGAAGUUUUGGAGAUCUGGCCACUCGUUUCAUCAGCCAGUUCAUCGCCGGGGUGCCAGCGGAUAG